CUAUCAAAGAUCAAUCGAUUAGCAUUGCGGUGUGAGCGGACCAUGUCUCAUUUUCGCAUAAUCAACCAUGAAGUCCGCGCGCAAAAUAUUCGCGACCGACCAGGGGCAGUUAAGCUAGGGCACGAACGGGACCUUCGACUGGCAGUCAAGCAGUAUGUCCCGCAUGACAAUCCUUGUCCUAACGAUGGAGAUGUCACCCUUAUCGGGGCGCAUGCAAAUGGAUUUCCCAAGGAGCUAUACGAGCCCCUUUGGGACGAUAUCUACGAAAGACUGCGAGCUCGCAAACGACGUAUUCGGGCAAUUUGGAUUGCGGACGUUGUUCAACAGGGUCAAAGCGGUAUUCUGAACGAAGGGAUUCUUGGAGACGAUCCUAGCUGGUUUGAUCACGCGCGGGACGUGCUGUUCAUGUUGAAUCAAUUUCAGGACCAAAUCACCCAUCCUGUCAUUGGAAUUGGUCACAGCAUGGGUGGAAUGCAGAUGGCCCAUCUUUCUCUGAUACAUCCAUCGUUGUUUCAGGGACUUAUUCUCAUAGAUCCUGUCAUUCAAAGAGAAAACCCGAGCCGUAAAUAUGCUUUACCGUCUACAUAUAGGCGUGAUCUUUGGCCCUCUCGCGCCGACGCGGCAGAGAAGUUCAGAUCUAGUCGGUUCUAUCAGGCCUGGAAUUCUCGAGUACUCGAUAAAUGGAUCGAAUAUGGACUCCGCGAUCUCCCAACAAAUCUCUAUCCCACGACCAGUGAAACCGGCGCCCAACCACCCGCUGUAACCUUGACGACGCCCAAGUCACAGGAAUUAUUUACAUUUUUGCGAUCCUCAUAUGUCGAUGAAAGGUCCGGCCUUGCUCGUGGAUCACCUAAGGAGGAGAUGCAUCCGGAUGAUAUCGAGAACUUCCCAUUCUACCGCCCCGAGCCUCCGCGAAUCUUCCGUCAAUUGCCAGAGCUACGACCCCCGGUCAUGUAUCUCUUCGGAAGGGACUCUGAUCUUUCUUCCUAUGAUGCUCGUCGGGAAAAGCUACGUCUUACCGGUAGCGGAGUUGGGGGAAGCGGGGGUGUGUCUCGUGGGCGGGUAAAGGAAACCGUUCUUCCGUGCGGACAUCUGGUUCCCAUGGAGCUUGUCCAAGAAAGUGCGCAGGCCAGCGCCGAUUUCAUUGAUUCGGAACUAUCGUGCUGGGAGUCUCACAGCCUGGCGGUUCAAAACGCCUGGGGAUCUGUCUCACACCAGGACCGCACAAGCAUCGAUGAGCAAUGGAAAACUCAUAUGGGAACCAUACCAAAACGACCAAAGCUUUGA